AUGGAAAAACUGGGAGAAAUCGAGGAAAGAGAAACUGCAAAGAAAACAAACAAAUCAAGAAGCAGCUCUAUGGAAUAUUUUAAAGAAAAACAUGAUAAACAGGUUGAUUUAAAGAGGGAAGAAAUGGAGCUAAAGAAAAGGGAGAUGGCAAUGAAAGAAAAGGAAGCAGAAAGAGCAUGGGAAAUUAAAGAACAAGAAAUAAAAGGAAAGAGAUGGAAGCAAAGAAACAAGAUGAGGAGUUAUGUGCCAGAAAUGAAAGUAAUACAAUUCAAACAUUACAACAACAGCUACAACAGCAACAAGGCAUGUUUAUGCAAGUGCAGCAGCAAAAUAAGGGGUUAUUGGAAUUGUUAA